AUGUACGGAAAAUUUUUCUCCACCAAACGUGACAUCGUUUGGGCGCUGGUGGUGUUUGGCUGCAUUCUGGCCCUUUAUCUCUACCACAAUCAGCUGUCAGAUCGACUCGCCACAUUGGAGGAGUUUAAGCGAACGCACCAGGAGGAACACCAGCGGACAGUGUUACGAGGCGGGACAGAUUUUAUUGUGCCGCAGUAUCAAGUGGUGCAGUACGAUGCACACUACACGCCGGUGCCGGAUGACGGGUGGAUCGAAAAGCUCCCGGGCGAUAUGGGUAAAGCGGUGAUACUGCCCGACAACGUAACCGCCGAUGUUCGUGAGCUAGUCCAGCAGGGUUACGACAAACAGGGUCUGAAUCAGUACGUUAGUGAUCUUAUACCGGUACGGCGACGGUUACCCGAUCUACGGGACCCUUGGUGUACGGCGGAACAACGACUUCAUACCGCUCUGCCACAGGCAUCGAUUGUGAUCGUGUUCUACAAUGAGGCGUGGUCGGUGUUGGUACGCACUGUUCACUCCAUCCUUGACCGGAGUCCAAAGGCGCUCAUCCGCGAGAUCAUCCUGGUGGACGAUUAUUCUAAUCUGGCGCAUCUGCGCACACAGCUCGACGAGUACUUCAGCAGCUAUCCGCUCGUGCGCAUCCUGCGAGUUCCCAAGCGGCUUGGACUGAUACGCGCUCGGUUGUACGGUGCCCGGAAUGCAUCGUCCGACUUUCUCACGUUUCUCGAUGCACACUGUGAGUGUAUGAACGGUUGGCUCGAGGGUCAGCUGGAUUUGGUGGUGCGAGACCCGCACACCAUCGCCCUACCGACGAUCGACUGGAUCGACGAGAACAACAUGAAGCUAGUGAGUGACAAGGCACCGGUAUACUACGGCGCAAUGGGAUGGGGUUUGGACUUCCAGUGGCGUGGCCGGUGGGAUCGUGUAAACAAACCAGCCAACAAGAUGGAACCGUUCAGCACACCGGUGAUGGCGGGCGGAUUGUUUACGAUCCAUCGGAAAUUCUUCGAGUGGCUCGGAUGGUACGAUGAGGGCUUGGAUGUUUACGGCGGUGAAAACAUUGAGCUUUCGCUGAAGGCAUGGAUGUGCGGCGGGAGACUAAUGACUGUCCCGUGUGCCCGUGUUGCUCACAUCCAGAAAACUGGACAUCCCUAUCUAAAUGGUGUAACCACCGACGUCGUACGCAUUAACUCGGUUCGCGUGGCGGAAGUGUGGCUGGAUGAGUACGCACUCGUUCUGUACGGAAUGUUUGGUGGACCACAGUUUCGCGGUAACUAUGGAGAUGUUUCCGCCCGCAAGCAGCUGCGGAAGGAUCUCCAUUGUAAAGACUUUCAUUGGUACCUCGAGAACGUAUUCCCGGAGUUGGCUGAAGCACUCGACAAGCGUCCCGGACAAGGCCCAGUACGAAACGAAGCAUUGGCUGGGCCACCCGACUACUGUUUAACGUACGUUGAGCCGAAGAAUACCGUCCAUAUGGCGCCAUGCCAGCAAGGGAACGUUGGGCAACAGUGGGUGUUCAGUUUGUACGGCGAAAUUAGUACCGAUAACCACUGUUUAGACUAUGACGGUAGCAUGCUGCUGCUGUACCAUUGCCACAAAGCGCGAGGAAAUCAAGAAUGGACGUACAAUGCUACCACGUACCAGUUCGAGCACAAGAAACACAAGGGCAAAUGUUUGGAUGUCGACGAAGCGAUGAAGAAGGUGCGUAUCAAUGCAUGUGUCCUGGAUGAACAAUCUCAGAAGUGGCACUAUCCGGCCAUAGAGUAG